CGCACGCUCAGACUGCUGGGAGUUGUAGUACCAGCCCACUUAGGGCUGGAACCAUGGCGGUGACCAAAGAGGUCUUACAGAUGGACCUGUAUGCGCUACUAGGUGUUGAGGAGAAGGCGACAGACAAGGAGGUGAAGAAGGCAUAUAGGCAGAAGGCGCUGUCCUGCCACCCAGACAAAAAUCCAGAUAAUCCCAGAGCAGCUGAACACUUCCACCAGCUUUCCCAAGCCUUGGAGGUGCUGACGGAUGCUGCAGCGAGGGCUGCAUAUGACAAGGUGAGGAAAGCCAAGAAGCAGGCAGCAGAGAGGACCCAGAAACUUGAUGAGAAAAGGAAAAAAGUAAAACUUGAUCUGGAGGCCCGGGAGCGCCAGGCCCAGGCCCAAGGGAGUGAGGAAGAGGAAGAGAUCCGGAGUACCACAACACUAGAGCAAGAGAUUGCACGCCUGCGAGAAGAGGGUUCUCGUCAGUUGGAGGAGCAGCAGAGGCUGGUCCGGGAGCAGAUCCGCCAGGACCGUGAGCAGAGGCUGAGAGAUAAAACAGAAAGUACUGAAGGCAAAGGAACACCCAAACUAAAGCUGAAGUGGAAGUGCCAGAAGGACGAUGAAUCCCAAGGUGGCUACUCCAAAGAUAUUCUCCUGAGGCUUCUGCAAAAGUAUGGGGAGGUUCUCAACCUGGUGCUUUCCAGGAAGAAGGCAGGCACUGCCAUAGUGGAGUUUGCAACUGUCAAAGCUGCGGAGCUGGCAGUCCAGAAUGAAGUGGGACUGGUGGACAACCCUCUGAAGAUUUCCUGGUUGGAGGGACAGCCCCGGGGCACAGUGGGCCCCAUCCCCCAAGGAUUGUCAAAGGGCUCAGUGCUGUCAGAGAGAGACUACGAAAGCCUCGUCAUGAUGCGUAUGCGCCAGGCAGCCGACCGGCAGCAGCUGAUCGCCCGAAUGCAGGAAGAUGGGGGGCAGCCCACGUAGCCUUGGUUCUAGUUCUCCCACCCCUCAGCCCUUUUUGGAAACAGCACCAAUAAACUUUUUUAAAAAACAG